AUCUCAUCUGUGAUUUUCUGAGAAGAUGGCAAUGAUGGUGUUUUUGGUCAUUCUUCUGCUGGUGUUUCUGAUGACUGAAUGCAGUCAGGCAGUAUAUACACCAGUUGAUUGUUCUGAUAUUUAUAACUCAGGAGAAACAGUCAGUGGGAUCUACUCCAUCUAUCCAGCAGGUGAUGUUCCCGUCUCAGUUUACUGCCAGAUGAUCUCAGAUGGGAACGAUGCAGACAGAGGAGGAUGGACGGUGAUUCAGAGGAGAAUGGAUGGCAGCGUGAAUUUCUAUCGGCCGUGGGAUCCGUACAAGACAGGAUUUGGGAAUAUAGAGAGUGAAUACUGGCUGGGGCUGGAGAACAUGUAUCAGCUGACACGAAACAGGAAGUACAAGCUGAGAGUGGAUCUGGAGGACUUUCAAGGAAAUAAAGCUUUCGCUCAGUACUCGUCCUUCUCUGUUGGUCCUGAAGCUGAUGGGUAUCUACUGAGUGUUUCAGGGUUCACUGAUGGAGGAGCUGGUGAUUCCUUAUAUAUUCAUAAUGGAAUGAAGUUCACCACCUUGGACAAGGACCAAGAUGUUUACCAAGAUGCUAACUGUGCCAUAACGUAUCUUGGAGCGUUUUGGUACCAGUCCUGUCACUACACAAACCCCAACGGCUGGUAUUUGUGGGGAGAAGAUCCCACCCACUACGCCAUUGGAAAUGUUUGGGCAACAUGGAAGGGUGAUAAUGUUGCAAUGAAAUCCAUCACCAUGAGGAUCAAACGUGUUUCUUAGAAGCCUUACAACACUCCUCAGAAAUAAACAGCAAAACAAUCAAAUGUUUUUCUUCU